AGUUAAUCGCUCGAGGAGUCAACACCUGGCAUUUCUGUGUAAACUCGGGGGGUUUACACAAUCAGAAUUGAACGUCCGUAAAGCAGAAUUUUUCCGGUGUCUUCAGUGCGCGUGCUUUUAUUUAUAGUCGCGCCAAUUCCAGCCAUCUGCCAGACGCUUUUCUAAAAAAUCCAAUAAGCUGAGCAUGCAGUAUAGGGUGCAGGGUGUCGACCGACUCCGAUCAUCAUCGACCCCGACCGAAAAUCCUCCAGUCAACGCAGCGUCGGUGGAGUCCUCAGUUGUCCGCAUUCGACCGUCGCGACGCUUUACAACUUGCGAGCUUUAUUGUGCGAUGACGUGAAAUUUGGUGAUUUUUGGUGGUUUCUCGUGCAGUGUGUGACCUCGUUAUGUGUUGUGAACUUGUCUCUGUGCCAAAAGUGAAGUAAUUGCGAUUGAAAUGGCCGGAUUUUUACACUGGAGGCUCAUUUGCUGCGUUUUGCACUUUUUUUUGCAAGGUGGCCUCUCGUUGCAUUUGCUGGAGCUUCGAGUCCCUAGUCCUGUGGUGAGGAACCAGGACGUCCGUCUUGAGUGCCACUUCGACUUGGACGACGAGGUCCUAUAUUCCGUAAAGUGGUAUAAGGACGGCAAUGAGUUCUAUCGCUAUGUACCCCGAGACAUGCCACCUGCUCAAGUCUUCCAUCUUCCGGGCAUCAAGGUCGAUAUCCACAACUCGAGCGAAUCUGCUGUCGUUUUGUCUUCCGUUGAGCUCUCCAGCAGCGGUGUUUACAGAUGCGAGGUCUCUGGAGAGGCCCCCUUCUUUCAGACCGUCACUGAACAUCGCGAGAUGAUGGUUGUAGCAUUACCGGAAGAGGGCCCUCGAAUAUCAGGUGGCCGUCCCCGCUAUCAAGUCGGUGAUACAGUUCGAGUGAAUUGCACGUCGGGUCGGUCGAAACCCGCCGCCAAUUUGAAAUGGAUGAUCAACGGCGAGCCAGCAGAUCCGAAAUUCCUCAUUCCUCACAAUAAGAUCAUCACUGGUCGAGAAGGACUCGAGACUACGGUUCUAGGACUGCAGUUUGUCGUGCGUCAUAAGCACUUCAAACGGGGAGAUAUGAAGCUCAAAUGCGUCGCUUCGAUCGAAAGCGUUUAUUCGCGGAGUAACGAAGAGAGUGUUGAAGGAGAACGGCCUCAAAGGGCCUCGGUUUUGGAAAGUCGGGGCACGGUGGCGCCCGCGGGGUCCAGGGCCGACAGGGUGCAAGCCGCAGGAAGCCGGAAAGCAUUUCUCCCUCAUGUUUCCCUCGUCGCGAUGUGUUGUUUUUUAAUGUUAUAUCCAAGGUAAUUGUGUUCUCUCGAUCAGAUUUUGCUAAUAAGCCAAAGACACUUGUGUGAGUGAUAUGAAUUUAACUGUUGCUUUGUACAUUCCUUUAUUAUUGCUUUGUUUUCGUCUUGUUAAAGUUUCGUAGUUUCAUAUGGCACUAAUUUAAGAAUUAAGUUUUAAGUUCGGUAUAUGUUUAUAAAAUGUAGCCAUUUACUAUUGUACAUAUCUAUAAUUAAUAAAUGUUUCCAACAAUCAAAUCACUCUUCUAGUCGUAUCAUUUCGGGCAACUUGCCCUUAUCAUAGAUUGUAAAUUUAAACGCUUUUUUCUCUCGAAGAGGGGAGCUUUUAAAUAAGUGGCACAUGUCAUUGUAAUUAAUGAAUUUUCCAUUUAUUACCAAAUUAAGGCUAGUCUGUUAAUGAAACUGAAUACGUUUAUGAUUUAAAUUUUAGGGAAAAAAUUGUAUAAAAUCCAAAAACACGUUAGCGCUUAAGGUUUAAUGCACUUGAUUCAAAUCUAAGUCCUGCAUGAAAUUUUUCGGACAAGAUAAGUUUUGAUUUUUAGUCUUAGUUCCUAAAAUUUAUCUUGCCAAAAUUUCAUGUUACUUUACAUUAAAAUAAAUCCCUGUGAUGAAAAAAUUGUAAGGUUGACGACACGAGGUCAAUUGGUGGUUAAUUAGGGUCAAACGUCUCGUUUGACUAUAACUAAAUUUAUAUGUAGCGAAAAUUAAUUUUAAAUAUUGUGUAAUUACUCUAAAAUUAACUAAAUGUAUAUAUAACGCAUGAGUAUUGCUGUAACAAUGUUAUUGAGUUUGAACCGUAUUGAGAUGGGCUCUCUCGGUUCGAAGUCAAAUCCUAACAGUUUAAAAAUUACACUUAUAUGUAUUUUAUUUUGGAAAAAAUAAAAACGGAUUAUGGUA